CGCGAACCACCAGUUGAUGUUACAGGCAGCCAACAAAACUGGCGGACGCCGAGGAUGCGUGCGUUCCGGCGCCAAAUUGCGACACGAGCCCAAACUCGUGAUAGCCAAAGUUCCAGCUGGGGCCCUGUUAAGCCUCUUCCGCUCAGAGCCACGAACGUCGACGACGCGGCUCCUCGUCUGAAGCUCGGCGGGGUUAAGCGGGACUCGACUUGGUGCAACCUUCUCCCCAGGAGGAGGGGCCGCAACAGUAGCAGCUGUAGAGGGGGGGGAGGAGGAGGAGCCUCAGCCUGACAUUACGACUUUCCUCCUUCCCUUGGCGAGUGGGUUGCAGCAGCUGGCAGGCGAGCGGCAGAGCGCUGUUAGCGGUUUCGCUGCCGCUCCGGCCUGCUGCUCCAGGGCGCAGCCAUGAGGCGUCCCCGCGUGCCCGACUUAGCUCAGUGAAGUUCGCUCAGGAUGGAUCUGCCCGGCGCUUCGCUGCAGAAGGCUUGCCGCCUGCUUGUGGUCUUCUGUGCCCUCCACCUCUCGGCUGUGCUCUUCUACUACCUGAGGGGCAACACGCUCGGUUACCAGCGGACCCCGGAGCCGCCUCCUCGCAGCCAAACCUUCGGCCGUCGGGUGACGGAGGCACUCCUCUCGGCCAAUGUCUCCAAGCCCGCCGUGGAUUGUCCCGACCCUUCCCCGUUGCUGUUUGGUCCACUGCAUGUGGAGUUUUCAGAAGUUGUGAAUCUGAAGGAUGUGGAGAAGGCAAAUCCAGAACUCAGGGAAGGAGGCCGCUAUACACCAAAGGACUGCAAAGCACUUCAGAAAGUGGCAAUUAUUAUCCCUUUCAGAAAUCGAGAUGAACACUUGAAAUACUGGUUGUUUUACCUGCAUCCAAUCCUGAAAAGGCAGCAGCUCGAUUAUGGUAUCUAUGUGAUUAAUCAGGAUGGAGAAGAAACAUUUAAUCGUGCAAAGCUUCUGAAUGUAGGCUUCACAGAAGCUUUGAAAGAAUAUGAUUAUGACUGCUUUGUAUUUAGUGAUGUUGACCUAAUCCCGAUGGAUGACAGGAAUAUCUAUAAGUGUUACGACCAGCCCAGGCACCUCUCUGUAUCUAUGGAUAAAUUUGGAUUUCGCUUACCUUACAAUCAGUAUUUUGGAGGUGUGUCUGCUUUAAGUAAGGAACAAUUCCAAAAAAUCAAUGGUUUUCCCAAUAAUUAUUGGGGCUGGGGUGGCGAAGAUGAUGACAUUUAUAACAGAUUGGUUUUUAAAGGCAUGGGGAUUUCCCGCCCAGAUGCUGCAAUUGGAAAAUGUCGAAUGAUUCGCCACAUGAGAGACACUAAAAAUGAGCCCAAUCCACAGAGGUUUAACAAAAUUGCUCAUACAAAGGAAACAAUGAAAUCUGAUGGUCUAAACUCUCUGACUUACACCGUAAUAAAAACUGAUAAAUUUCAAUUAUAUACAAAAAUCACAGUGAAUAUUGGAUCACCAAAAAGCUAAUGUGGCAGAAAUGCAAUAGAAGACUUGGAAUACCCAAAAAGUGACAAUUCAACUUUUCAGCAUUUUAUAAAUGAUUUUAUGCAAUCAACUUGAAAGACAGACACCUGUUUUGUCAUCCUGAGACCUUGCAAUUGGCAGACAAGUGAGAAUUUUAACCCCAGAGUUUGCUUUUUUUCAUUUUUAAAAACUUUAUAAACGAUAAAUAGAAGUUGUAAAUAUAUGAAUUUUCAGGGAAUGGUUGGAGACUUAGGUGCUCACUCCCCUUGGAAAUUUUCCCAUGCAAGUGUCACAAAAAAGAAUGAAAGUUGUAUUGAAGCAUUCUUUUUUUUUCUUUCCAAAAUGUUCUCUUUUAUGUUAGGAAGCUAACCUAAGAAGGAUUCCUAGUGGAUAGAGGCCUAUGUAUUUGAUGAGCAUUCUCUCCACUUUAAAAUAAUGAGGGUCACAAUUUGAGAACGUUUUUGUUUCCAAAUUGUGAAAUAUUCUGCAGUGGUAAGUCAUUUCCCUUUCUUCCUGCUCUUUUCCCAAUUUAAUUUAAAAAUUGGAUCACUGUAUGAAAAUUCACUGCUGUGGGUACAAAUGGAAGGAUUGGAAAAUGCUGCUAAAGUGAUUUGAGUUUACAUACUUUGAUUUAUCUUCCCCAAAUCAUGUCAAAAUUGUUCCUUCUUGUCUGAAAUCUUCCAUGGGGAGAACAGGAACUAGAAACCUCAAAACAAACAGCUUUGCAUUUUGUUCUGCUGGCAUGGAGAUUUAAAUAAUGCAGGCCUCUUUGCCCAACAGUGUAUCAGCAAGCCAAAAUCUUGAAACCAUGGUGCUUGCUUUAUCUAAUAGGAUCAUAAGCCCAGUUUUUACAUUGGGCUCACUGCACUAUGGGAUGAAAAUAUGAAUGAAACUGUUUCAUCCUAUCCUUUCCUAACCCAAUCAUGUUAGGUUGCUAAUUGAAGCUUCCUAAUUUUUUCUGGAUCUAAUUGGGUGAUUGUGGAGAAGUCAGGUUAAAAUGUACACUAUAACCCAGAUCACGCAGCAUCCCUUCCCUAAGAUAUAGAAAGGAGAAGAUGUGCAUCCAAGUCUCACACUCGGUGCCAAGACAUUGUGGUGUGACCUGCGAAUAUCAGCUUCAAAGGCACAAGGGAUGCUGAUAGGUGGAAGGCAUCGUUCAUGGGUUGGUCCAUGGAGGCAGAAUAUUGCUAGGACAGCAAUACAUAAACUUUAGCUUGCUUAUGUGCUGUUGCUGUUUGAAAAUGAGCCACUUCUAGAAGUAUUUUAAAAGGACAAAGCCUGUGUGUAAUGCUCAAACAGAUGGCCUGCAAAACAUCUGCUUUGGAAUUAAACUGAGCAUUGUAUUUAUUCAUGUGAGAAACAUCUCUGUUCCUGUGGAACACUGAUGGGGUCUCUCCCAAGCUAAUUCUGCAGAGUCGACCUUGUCUUAAGAACAAGAAUGGGGAAAUGGAUAUUUGGCAAGAGCGAGACAGCAUUACUCUCCAACUGACCAGAACUUGUCAACUCUGAGUCAGUCUGCUGGGAUUUCCUCAUCCAAUGGGAAGUUAUGCUUCCAGAUUUUCUCUAAAUACAGGUGGUGGAAGGAGCCAGUCAGUUUUCUAGAUUAAAAAAAAGGCAAAGUUCUUGCUUAGUUAAAUCAUAUAGAUGGGGCUCAGCCUUCCAACAAAGUUCAGAUGAAGAAUAUCCUAAGCCUAUUGGGACCAUUUAUUGCUUGAGUUUGUAUGUGUACGUGUGAUAUUGGGGUGUAAAGCCUACUCAGGUUGUAGUAGGAGCACAGAAAUGAAAAUGGCCCCAGGAACUAGACCCUGUAGUGAGCAGGGCAAACUUUUUGAGGGCUAAAAGUACAAAUACGUCUGGUUGUAAGCAAUAUGUUGCUUGCAAGGAAUUCAGCCAGGCAGAGGUAAAUAAUAACCUGAAGAUUUGGGGUGCAUUAACUAGUUCAUCAGAGACCUUCUAUGGAAGUGGGGAGGACUUUUUAACUUUCUUUUUGCUCUACCUGGCAAAAUUGUAGCAGAGAGGUGUGCCAAUAACCAGUAGCAUAAUCUCUAAGAUAAGAGAACAGUUCAAAUAGAAUUUCCUCAGUGAAGCCAGUUCUUGAUACUGCAAAAUAAACAUGAUCCAUUUAAGAACCAGGUUAUUGCCAGAUUGCCUUACAUGUGAAUGGAAAAUUUUGUUUCAUGUUCUACUGCUCUAAUGAAAUCUUUUUCGUAUUGGAGCAUGGCAAAUAUUUUCAAUUCUGGUUUUAUAAAGUGCCUUUUGGUUUUUAAAAUGAUUUGUCAGGAAUGUUUACUAUUGUAAAAGCCUAAAUGUUACAAAAUGUCAAACAAAGGUGUAUUUUCUCAGUGUUUUGUGUAAAACUUGAAGUCUGCUGCUGGAUUUUACUGUUAAAAAUAUUAUAGGGGAAUA